AAAUACAAAGGGGAAGGUUCCCACUGUCUGACCUGUACCAUGUCUGCAAAAGAAUCCAUCACAUUGGCCUCGAUAACUUACUACUAUCAAGAGAACUAUUUCAACCACUUACUAAACGUUGCCGUAGAAGGUCUAGAGGUAUGCCGUGAUGAUCCAGUGCUGCUUUUCUUCAAAGCUUUUGGAGAUUUAAUGGAAGGUCGUAUCCAAGAAGCCAUCAGAGACCUCGAGGCCAUCAGGGACAAGCAGACCGUGGCAUUGUGUUCAAUUAUUGCUCUCAUUCAUGCUCACAGAAAGAGCUCAGUAAUUGACCAGGAUGCCAUUCAUGAACUUGAAGCAGGGCUCAAAGACUGCCUUGAAACAGCAGGGGAAAAGUCGCUAUAUUAUGCUAGUAUGACCUUGUGGUUUACGGAUCGACUUGAAGAAGCUAGAGAGUAUUCUAGCCGACUGAUGAAAAUUUCUAAUGGAUCAAAGGAGGUGAGUCUCCAACAAAGCAUUAAGAUACAACAGAUCUUCAGACCAGCUUUAAUACUUAAAGGCUGGAUAGAACUUGCAGGCAAGAGUAGCAAGAUUGGGAAUUUAAAGAAGGCCAUCGGAUACCUAGAAGGAGGACUGCAGAAUUCAAAAGAUAUCUUUGGUCUGAUGGGAAAGGUCUAUUACCUUCUGAAGAAGCAGAAUUUCCUGGUUGCCCUGGAAACAGUCAAUCAGAUUAUUGCCACCAACCCCACAUUCCUGCCGGCACUGGUUCUGAAGAUGAAACUGUUUUUGGCCCAGAACAACUGGGACCAAACCCUGGAAACAGCAAAACGAUGCAGAUGUGACCUGUUAUGCACUUUGUACACUUGCCAGUGCGGGAGAAACCAGACCAUCCUGGAGCAGAUGCACAAUCUGGUGGAACACGCGCUAUACUUGGACCCCACCAACUCGCAGAUCGCUGCCGAGCUGGGAUUCCAGCUGAUUCUGCAGGAGAAGCCAUGGCUCGCAGCAAAGCAGUACACUGAGGCAAUGAAACUGGACGAAAGCAACAUCCCCGCACUGACAGGGAGAAUCCGAGCUGAGAUCCUGCUUGGGCAUUUGGAAGAUGCAGAACAGCAGCUGGAGUUCCUGAAGGAAGUGCAAGAAUUCAUUGGAACGUCCGGGGAGCUGGCUUAUCUUCAAGCUGUAUUGGCAGCAAAUAAAGGCAGAGGACCAAAAGUGAUCAUCAAGUUCUUGAACCAGGCUGUGGACAUUCACUUCACCUCACUGCAGGACUUUCCUCUCAGCGUGGAGUACUUUGAGAAGCUCAACCCUGAGUUCCUGCUGGACAUUGUAAAGAAGCUUCUAUCCCUUUGUCCUGACCAGUCUGUUUUGCAAGGACAACCUCUUUCUCCUCUGCUAAGACAGUCUGCCAUGAUAUUGGAGCCAGUGUUCAAGGUAGCUCCUGGGAUUAAGCAGGUUCUGUACAUAAUGGCCCAAAUUAGAUACCUCUCAGGUAACCUGAACACAGCACAGGCUAUUCUGCAUCCAUAUCUCCAGAUGAACCCCAGUUUUGCUGAUGGCCACCUGCUCAUGGCUCAGAUAUACCUGUCCCAGGGCAAUUACAAAGAGUGUUCCCACUCUCUGGAACUGGGACUCAGCUACAACUUCCAGGUUAGAGAUCAUCCAACCUACCACUUGAUUAAAGCCAGAGCACUGAAGAGGAUGGGCAACAUUGGAGAAGCAGUAACUAUAUUAAAAACAGCCAUUGGUCUGCCGGGAGUGAGGAAUUAUUCCAAUGUAAAGGGCAAAGAGUCAUUGGCUGACAUCAGUAUAAGCAACUGUGUCUCUGUAUAUCUGGAGUUGGCAGUGGCUUUACAAUUGAAUGGCGAGCAGCACGAAGCCUUCAAAGUCAUGCAAGAUGCCAUCCGCGAAUUUGCUGGAACCACAGAGGAACCUCGCAUCACUGUUGCAAACGUCGACUUGUCUCUCAGCAGAGAUGACGUUGAAACAGCGUUCAGCAUGCUCAGAAGUAUCCACCCCAAGCAGCCUUACUACAUCAAAGCUCAGGAGAAACUGGCGGAGAUCUACCUGCACAAGAAGAAAGACAGACGGCUUUACAUCAAAUGCUACAAAGACUUGAGUGAGCAGUUCCCAAAUCCGCAGAUUACCCUUCUCCUCGGCGAUGCAUAUAUCACAGUCCAGGAGCCCGAAAAAGCUAUUGAGGUAUAUGAACAAAUCUUGAAGAAGAACCCUCAUGAUGGACAAUUGGUGAGGAAGAUUGGUCAAGCUUUAGUUAAAACUCAUCACUACACCAAGGCUAUUCAUUACUUCGAAGCUGCACUAAAAAUUGGUGGACAGGACUUCUUGUGUCACGACUUUGCCGAACUCCUCCUGAAACUAAGGUUAUUUGAAAGGGCAAAGAAAGUUCUCAGACGGGCCCUGGAACACGAUUAUGUCAGCGAUUUAGGUGCCAUGGUGAAUGAUGUCAAAUACUUGAUGCUCCUGUCUAGGAUCUUCACCAGGACUCAUGAAAUAGAGGAAGCAGUAAAAACUUUAAACAAGGCAUAUGAACUACAGGGGCGCCUACUGAAGCGCCUGGUGGUGGAGCAGUCCGAUGCGAUUCCAGUCCAGAGUCAGUUGGCAUCCACCAUCUGUGCCCAGAUAGCCCAACUAUCAGUGGACCAACAGGACUACGACAAGGCAAUCCGAUAUUAUACAGAGGGACUAACAUUCGUAGAAAACGACCCAAAGCUAUUGAUAGAACUUGCACAGUUGUACCUGGCCAAAGGAGAUAGCAAUGCUUGCGAAUAUCAGUGUAUCAAGUUACUGAAGAACAUAGAAAACAAUAAUGACGUCAACAUGAUGAUGGCGGAUCUCAUGUUUAAAAAACAAGAAUAUGGACAAGCUCUGUUCUAUUACCGGCAACUGCUGCAAGGAUCACCAGACAACUUCCUGGUCUUAAGCAAAUUGAUCACAUUGUUCAGAAAAACAGGAAAACUUGAAAAAGUGCCAGAGGUUGUGAUGCUCGCAGAAAGGAAAUCACCGAAGACGGUGAUGGAGCCAGGAUUUAACUAUUGCCGUGGCCUCUACUUCUGGUAUACAGGGCAACCAAACGCAGCGCUGAGGCAUUUUAACAAAGCACGCAAGGACAGUGACUGGGGUCAAAACGCUGUUUACAACAUGAUCCAGAUAUGUCUUAAUCCUGACAGUGAGAUUAUUGGAGGCAAUGUGUUCGAAACCCUGGAUGACGACUUCAGUGGUGAGCCCAAUGAAAACGAAAUGGAUCAGCUUGCAGUCAGGACAGCAGAGAAGUUAUUGAAGGAGUACCAUGCUCACACACAACAGGAACAGGAACAACGCACAUUGCUGCAGAACAGCUGUCUGAUGGCCACCAAUGACCGGUCCAACGUGGAAAAGGCCCUCGAGGCAUUCACAGAGAUGGCCGCAGCUAAGAAGGAUCACGUGCCUUCACUUCUGGCAGUGGCUCAAGCCUGCAUGGUUUUGAAGCUGAUUCCUCGGGCUAGGAACCAGUUGAAAAGGAUAACAAAAAUACCCUGGAAUCUGAAGGAUGCCGAGGAAUUCGAGAAGAGCUGGCUCCUGCUGUCUGAUAUUUACAUUAAGGCAGGAAAAUAUGACCUGGCAAUGGACUUGCUGAAACACUGCUUACAGUACAACCAGUCGUGUUGCAAGGCGUACGAAUACACAGGGUUCAUCAUGGAGAAGGAGCAAUCCUACAUGGAUGCAGUUGCAAACUACCAAAUGGCUUGGAAGUGCAGCAGUGAGGCAAACCCUGCCAUUGGUUACAAACUAGCUUUCAAUUACCUGAAAGCAAAAAUGUACAUGCACGCAAUCGACAUUUGUCACAAGGUGCUGAGAAAUCAUCCUACUUAUCCAAAGAUUCGAAAGGAGGUUUUUGAGAAGGCUAGAGCAUCUUUUAAACCCUAGACAUUUCAAAUGUUUUUCAUUAUUUCAGGAAGUAUUGCAAAAAUGUACAAGAAUAAAU